GAUCCAGCCCCCCCGACUGUUCAAUGGAAGUAUGUUAUCAGCUGCCGGUUUUGCCUCUAGACAGGCCGGUUCCCAAGCACGUCCUCAGCCGGAGGGGAGCCAUUAGUUUCAGCUCCAGCUCAUCUCUGUUCGGAGCUCCUGACCCCAGACAGCUGUCACAGAGACGCGGGGCCAUCUCCUACGACAGCUCGGACCAGACGGCGCUGUACAUUCGUAUGCUAGGAGAUGUGAGAGUGAGAAGCCAGGUCGGAUUUGAACCGGAACGACGAAGCUCCCACCCAUACCUGUGCAUCGACUUCCGUACUCUUCACACGCGGCUAGGCUUCGGGUCCAGCUUGGCCAGUUCUGUGCCUGGAGGGAGAGUCCACAGGCUGCUCAGCUUCCAGAGGUACCUGCACUCGUCCCGCCUGCUCCGCGGCACGCCCCACCAGAUGCCCCUGCACAUUCUUGACGAGGACUACACCGGACAGGCCAAAUGUAUGCUGGAAAAGGUCGGGGGCUGGAAUUUUGACAUUUUCCGUUUCGACAAGUUGACAAAUGGUAGGCUAUGGCCGUCGAAGCUGAUGUGGAAUGUCAGUACAAAGUUGCACCACCUUCUCUGUCAUGGUCCUGGACUCACAGUUUGCAAUGACAUCUUGAUAACCCAGGGACACAGCCUGAUCACCCUGACCUUCCACCUGCUGAACCAGUACGGCUUGGUGGAGCUCUUCCAGCUGGACAUAGUGAAGCUCUGGAGGUUCCUGGUAAUGGUGCAGGAGGACUACCACAGCGACAACCCCUACCACAACGCUGUCCACGCCGCAGACGUCACACAGGCCAUGUACUGCUACCUGCAGGAGCCCACGCUCUCCAAAUCUUUGACCUCCUGUGACAUUCUACUGGGGCUACUAGCAGCGGCCACUCACGACCUGGACCAUCCCGGGGUCAACCAGGCCUUCCUCAUCAAGACUGACCACUACUUAGCUACGCUAUAUAGGAAUACCUCAGUUCUGGAGAAUCACCACUGGAAGUCUGCGGUGGGCCUACUCCGAGAGACCGGGCUGUUCUCCCACCUGCCUGCCGAGGACAGCCUGAACAUGGAGAGGCAGCUGGGCUCUUUAAUCCUGGCCACCGACAUCAGCAGGCAGAACGAGUACCUGUCCAAGUUCCGCACACACCUAGAUAAGGAGGACCUGUGCCUGAGCAGUGCCAGUCACCGUCACUUCAUCCUGCAGAUGGCGCUGAAGUGUGCCGACAUCUGCAAUCCCUGCAGACCCUGGGAGCUUAGCAAACAGUGGAGUGAGAAAGUGACGGAGGAGUUCUUCCAGCAAGGAGAUAUUGAAAAGAAGCACCGGCUCGACGUCAGCCCGCUUUGUGACAGACGGACCAACACGGUCGGCAACAUUCAAAUUGGCUUCAUGACGUACGUGGUGGAGCCCCUGUUCGCAGAGUGGGCGCGUUUCUCCGACACACGUCUGUCCCAGACCAUGCUGGGUCACCUGGGGCUGAACAAGGCGAGCUGGGGGAGCCUGCAGCAGGAGCACAUCUCCAGCUCGGAGGAGACGGAGCCCAGGGCUUCUGGUGCCGACGCAGUGCCCGCAGCCGCCUCCACCCGACCGGGCGCCGCCAUAGCCGCAGACACGGGGGGGACUGGCUCCAAAGAAUUACCUCAGGGAAGCGGAGAAUCCUGACACUCCCCACGUCUUGACCCUUCAUACCCCAAAUCCAAACCCCGUGACCCCCUUGACCUCGACACCCAUUUUGGGGGGCAGGGCGGAGCAACUGGGGAUGGAGAAUUGCCUGUAACCCUCGCCGCUGUCCCCCGAGACCUUGUUCAUGUUUCGGUUGCUUUUGCCUCACAUCCUGACGAAACCACUGAUUUUAUUUAAUUUAUUUAAUUUUAAAUUUUCUCUCUUUUUUCUUUUUUUUUUCUUUUUUGCAUAGAGCAAUACAUAGAUACCUCAUUUGGCAACUGCUGUAUUUUUCUUUUUAUUUGCUUUGUUUUAUUUAUUUGUCCACUGUAGUUUUUUUUUUGGCAUUACCGAUUUGAAUUCACCACUAAUUUUUUUUUUGGGGGGGGGGCAAAUCUGAGGGAACGAUAACGGCGUAAGAACUGACGAAUACACUUUUCUGGUAUUUCGAAGUGCCAUUGGAAAACGAAAGUUGGACGAUCUGCACCGAUUUCGACAAGAGAGACAGCUGGAGCGUCCGGACUCGAGAGUCGCUCCGGACCCGAGAGAGCGAGGCCGCGCGUCGCAUUGGGCGGCGAAGACUUCUUCCUCGUGUACAAAACGAAAAUGUGACAAGCCCAGAGUCCUUUUGCUGCCUCCGAGACUGUUUACGCAUCGACUCGUCCGCGUUGUCUCCCCCCCACCCUCCCCCUCCCCCUCCCCCACCCCCCCCGAGCUACGUUGGCCCCACGGUUUUGCCUUCUAAGCACAGAUGUGAAGAACCACUCGUUCCGAGCUGUCGACCCACUGUUAAAAAAAGCCAUGAGCAGAACCUUCGUCAGAACACACCGGAUGCCAUAAGAAACUCCCAGCCGUGCUCGACGUCUCCUUCCCCUCGCACUCCCCGACGACGGGCACGCAGCCCCCCCCCCUCCCCUCCCCCCCCCCCUCCGCAUCUCACACACGCUUUGAAGGUGUCGUCGGAAGGCGAACCUCGUCGGAAGCGAAAGUUGGGAGGGUGUCUCUAUGCUGGUUGGACACUUUGGACGCCCGCCCGCCCCGCACUUGGGGGGGUGGGGGGAUCACUCACUCAUUUGUGCAUGCGCCUCACCGGGAACUCCACACACAACUCGUCUCGCUCAGGGUUUUGCCAAUCUCU